AGCAGUGGUCUCUCUCUCUAAAUGGCUCUUUCCCCUUGUCCCUACAGAAGGCCUUAAAGGAGAAUGGCUGCUGGGAACUCCUCCUCCGUGACAGAGUUUAUCCUCGCAGGCUUAAUGGACCAGCCAGAACUCCAGAUCCCCCUCUUCUUCCUGUUUCUAGGUUUCUACUUGGUCACCAUGGUGGGGAACCUGGGCUUGAUAACCCUGAUUGGGCUGAACUCUCACCUGCACACUCCCAUGUACUUCUUCCUCUUCAACCUCUCCUUAAUAGAUUUGUGUUACUCUACUACCAUCACCCCCAAAAUGCUGAUGAGUUUUGUCUCAAAGAAGAACAUCAUCUCCUAUGCUGGGUGUGUGACUCAGCUCUUCUUCUUUCUUUUGUUUGUCGUCUCUGAGUCCUUCAUCCUGUCGGCCAUGGCGUAUGACCGCUAUGUCGCCAUCUGUAACCCGCUGUUGUACACGGUCACCAUGUCUCCCCAGGCAUGUUUGCUCCUUUUGUUGGGUGUCUAUGGAAUGGGGUUUGCAGGGGCCAUGGCCCACACAGCAUCCAUGGUGAGUCUGACCUUCUGUGCCAAUAACGUUGUCAACCACUACAUGUGUGACAUCCUUCCCCUUCUCAAACGCUCCUGCACCAGCACCCAUGUGAAUGAGCUAGUGGUUUUUGUUGUUGUGGGCAUUGAUAUUGGUGUGCCCACAGUCACCAUCUUCGUAUCUUAUGCCCUCAUCCUCUCCAGCAUCCUCCGCAUUCGUUCUACCGAGGGCAGGUCCAAAGCCUUCAGCACCUGCAGCUCCCACAUGAUUGCGGUUUCUCUUUUCUUUGGGUCGGGGGCAUUCGUGUAUCUCAAACCCUCUUCUCUUUUACCUAUGAACCAAGGCAAAGUCUCCUCUUUGUUCUAUACCACUGUGGUGCCCAUGCUCAACCCGCUGAUCUAUAGCCUGAGGAAUAAGGAUGUCAAAAUUGCUCUGAAGAAAACCUUGAGUAAAAGUUCAUUCUCCUAAGAAAGGGGCAAUACUUAG